AUGGCGUGACGUAGUAAUCUUUCAUUCAUUAUUCGUGUGGGAUUUGUGCUGUUUUUACGAUUUAUUUAAUUAUUUUUGCACCAAAAUAUAGCCAAAACAAUUUUACAUUGUUAUCUUAAUAAUAGCCGUUGAGAUCACCUUAGAAUCUACUGGUGUUUACAGACUAAAACCCCAUCAAAAUGGGUGGAAAGGCUGAAAAAGGCACACCAAAGUACAUAGCGAACAAAAUAAAAGCUAAAGGCCUCCAGAAGCUCCGUUGGUACUGCCAGAUGUGCCAGAAACAGUGCCGCGACGAGAAUGGCUUCAAAUGUCAUACUAUGUCGGAGUCUCACCAAAGGCAGCUAUUGUUAUUUGCUGACAACGCUUCGAAGUACAUUGACGAGUUUUCUAAGGAGUUUGCUGACGGUUACGUGGAACUGUUGAGGCGGCAGUUUGGAACGAAGCGGGUGAAUGCAAACAAGGUUUAUCAGGAUUAUAUUUCGAACAGAGACCAUCUCCACAUGAACGCCACACAAUGGGAGACGCUCACAGAAUUCGUCAAGUGGCUGGGGCGAGAGGGCAAGUGCGUGGUGGACGAGACUGAGAAGGGCUGGUUCGUGGCCUACAUCGACCGGGACCCCGCGGCCGUUGCUGCCAUGGAGGCCAAGGCGAAGAAGGAAAAGAUGGAUAAAGAUGAUCAGGAAAGAAUGCUGGAGUUUAUCCAGAAGCAAGUAGAACGAGGCAGGAAAGAGGGAGAUGACGGCGCACCCUCCUACACCGAGUUCAAGCGAGAGAGCAGUCAGGAGAGGAUCUCGCUCAGUCUCACCCUUAAGAGGAAAGCAGAUGAUAAAAAACUAGAACUCCUCACAUCUGCGUUAAAAUCUAAAAGCAAAGAAGAGUCCUCAAGCAAGAAAGCAAAAGAAGAGCCUUCUAGCAAGAAGACAAAAGAAGAUAAAGAUAGAAGUAAGAAAAAUGCCCUGGACGAGAUCAUGGAGAUGGAGCAACGGGCCAAAGAAAAAAAUCAACGGAAAGACUAUUGGCUAACAGAAGGCAUACUUGUGAAAAUCGUGACCAAAUCUUUAGGGGACAAAUAUUAUAAAAGGAAAGGAGUCGUCGAAAAGGUGAUAGAAAAAUAUGGAGCCGAAGUGAAGCUGGUGGAUGAAGGCACCAGGAUUAAGUUAGACCAGAACCACCUGGAAACGGUGAUACCCUCCCCUGGACGCAGCGUUUUGUUCGUUAACGGGCCGCACCGCGGCGCUAGAGGAAUACUGAAGGAGAUAGAUACGGAUAACUUCUGCUGUCUAGUGGAGAUAACUAGCGGCUCGCAAUCCGGGAGAGUAGUAAAGGACGUCCAGUAUGAAGACAUCAGCAAAAUGGCGGCGUGACAGCCGUGACCAUGGAUCUAGUCACAGACAAGACAUCCUCAGACUGAGCAUAGUCGCGCUACCCCCUCUGCCACAUAUACGGUAGUUUUACUCCAUUUUCGAGUCGAAAGUGUCUUUGUGUGACGCCCGUGUCUUUGAACGGACCAAUCACGGCACGGGACUCGCUCACCUCGUCCCCCGCACCCGUGUUUUUGGCAGCAUCGGUUUCAUGAAAUAAUUGUUCUAAACUCCGUCUAGAGGAUUCCUAGUCUAUGGGUGAAAGUGCAGUCAAAACAAGUUUUAUCUUUUUAAUGAAUGUAAAUUAAAUUAUUUUGAUAUAAGUAAA